GGAGGGAGCUCUUGGCGGAGAGCGAGCGAGCGAGCCAGCCAUGAGGCAGCCCGGCAGGAAGCGAGAAAGAGUUGGGCGGAGGAGGGAGUUUUAGAGGCGCCGGCGCCCAGAACCUGCGCCUGCAGAGAGCGUGGCCGCCCGGGCUCCUCGCCUCCUCCGCGCGCGCUCCGCGCUCCGCGCUCCGCUUUCAGCACCAGGAGCGGAGGACAGUUCCCGACUGCCUGCAGUUGCCGACCUACCUGGAACCUUGGACCCGCACCCGGGGCUCCCCGCUGGAGCAACCCGCCUGCACGCCGCCUUCUCCCCCCUGCUUUUUGGGUGUGCAAGUCAACACCCGGGGAAAGCAGCCGGCGGCCUCCGGGAGCCCUGAAGAAGCUGAAGCAGAAUGUACCAAGGACACAUGCAGAAAAGUAAAGAAAAAGGAUAUGGAAAACUAAGCAGUGAUGAAGACCUCGAAAUAAUUGUUGAUCAAAAACAGGGAAAAGGCUCUAGGGCGGCAGAUAAGGCUGUUGCCAUGGUGAUGAAGGAGAUACCGAGGGCGGAGUCUGCCGAAGAAAAGCCCCUCCUAACUAUGACAUCACAGCUGGUGAAUGAGCAGCAGGAAAGCAGGCCCCUCCUGAGUCCCUCCAUCGAUGACUUUCUCUGUGAAGCCAAGACGGAGGCAGCAGCAAGGCCAGUAACAUCCAAUACAGCCGUAUUGACCACAGGUUUAGAUCUCCUGGACCUGAGUGAACCUGUCUCUCAAACCCAAACCAAAGUCAAAAAGUUGGAGUCUUCAUCCAAAACCUCAUCCCUCAAGAAAAAGGCUGAUGGAUCCGACCUUAUCAGCACAGAAUCUGAACAGAGAACACAGUCUCUUCGAGGCUCAGAGACAGCAUCACUGGAUUUGGUAGACAUUCAAACUCAGUUGGAAAAAUGGGAUGAUGUUAAGUUCCAUGGAGAUCGAAAUAGCAAGGGGCAUCCAUUGGCAGAAAGGAAAACAUGUUCAUCUAGGACUGGAUCAAAAGAACUUUUAUGGUCCUCUGAGCAUAGGUCUCAGCCAGAACUAAGCAGUGGAAAAAGUGCCCUCAAUUCUGAGUCAGCUUCAGAGUUAGAAUUAGUGCCUCCUACACAGGCUCGACUGACCAAAGAACAACGCUGGGGAAGCGCAUUACUCUCCAGAAAUCACUCUUUAGAAGAGGAAUUUGAAAGGGCCAAAGCAGCUGUGGAGUCAGAUACAGAGUUUUGGGAUAAGAUGCAAGCAGAAUGGGAAGAAAUGGCCCGAAGGAACUGGAUCUCUGAGAACCAAGAAGCCCAGAACCAAGUUACCAUCUCAGCCAGUGAGAAGGGCUACUACUUUCAUACUGAAAACCCCUUCAAGGACUGGCCAGGAGCAUUUGAAGAAGGCUUGAAGAGGCUGAAGGAAGGGGACCUACCAGUCACCAUCCUAUUCAUGGAGGCAGCAAUUCUGCAAGAUCCUGGAGAUGCAGAGGCUUGGCAGUUCCUUGGGAUAACUCAGGCGGAGAAUGAAAAUGAACAGGCUGCUAUUGUCGCCCUCCAGAGAUGCCUAGAAUUACAGCCCAACAACUUGAAAGCUUCAAUGGCUUUGGCUGUGAGUUAUACCAAUACCGGCCACCAGCAGGAUGCUUGUGAGGCACUAAAGAACUGGAUUAAGCAAAAUCCAAAGUACAAAUACCUUGUGAAGAGCAAGAAGGGAUCUCCAGGCCUCACCCGACGGAUGUCUAAGUCUCCAGUUGAUAGCUCUGUUCUGGAAGGAGUAAAGGAAUUAUAUCUGGAAGCUGCCCACCAAAAUGGAGACAUGAUUGACCCAGACCUACAGACAGGGCUGGGGGUCCUAUUCCAUCUGAGUGGAGAAUUUAAUAGAGCAAUAGAUGCAUUUAAUGCUGCCUUAACUGUUCGGCCAGAGGAUUACGCCUUAUGGAACCGUCUGGGGGCAACCUUGGCCAAUGGAGACCGAAGCGAGGAGGCGGUGGAGGCCUACACACGAGCCCUGGAAAUCCAGCCUGGCUUCAUUCGCUCCAGAUACAACCUGGGGAUAAGCUGCAUCAACCUGGGUGCCUACAGAGAAGCUGUCAGCAAUUUUCUCACUGCCCUCAGUUUGCAAAGGAAGAGCAGAAAUCAACAGCAAGUUCCUCAUCCUGCAAUCUCUGGGAACAUCUGGGCUGCACUCAGAAUUGCACUUUCUCUGAUGGACCAACCAGAACUCUUCCAGGCGGCUAAUCUUGGUGAUCUGGAUGUCCUCCUAAGAGCUUUCAACUUGGAUCCUUGAAAGAAAAAGGAAAAGCUAGUUUACCCAUGUAAUUGUAUGAAAAAUGCAACAUUAUUUUGUUAUGAAUUUCCAAAAGUACAAAGCAGAUGUUCAAAAGGCCCUGGUGAUACAACCCGCCCACUCUGUUCUAAUCCAAAAGCACAAACCAUUGUACAUAGAGUCAAGGUGAGGCUUGAAAAAAGAAUUGAGAGACUCAGGACAAACCAAGAGAAAAGUACCUGUUAUCUGAAUUUCACAGCCUGCAAGCAUAUUGCAAAAUGUCUCAUUUGGGGUGUUCCUAUCACUGCAGCUGAUGAUACUUUGAAGGCACUGGCUCUUGGGCCACCUGGAGAAAGCACUGCCUCAGAUCACAGAAUUCUGACUUUCAGAACUGUUGACUGAAAUUCCCCUUUUGUAAGAUUGAACAUAGUUUGGGCCAAGGUGCAUGCACAUAUAUUAACUCUUGACUAAAAAGAGGCAUUGCUUAAACCGGUUCCAAUUUUAACUUUUCCUGUAGCCCUUUGAUUCCAGAGAGGGAGCUUUGCUGGCAAAAGCAGUUUUUGCACUAGACAUUUUUGCUGUUCCCAAUCAGAACUUUUCUGGGACUGUAUAUAUGCACUUUACUACCUUAUUUUAGCUUUGCUGGAGUUUUGUUUCGUUGCUCCACUUUUUAACUUGGGGAUGAAGAUUUGAGAACCCAGCCUUGUUAGAUCAAUGGACCAAAUAAAAUGUCUGAAAAUAGUUUUUCAUAGUGUAGGGUUUUGGAUGAGUGUUUCUUUUCCCUUAAAACUGACGUGAUAUUGGGUGUAAAUAUGUCUAACAUGAUUCUUAAUCACAUGCUUUCUGGGGCUGUUUGAAUAAGCAAGGGAAAGGUCUCUUCAUGCAAGGAAAAACUUAGAUGGCAUCAUGAUUCCAAGUAAGUUAACAUUAACUUGCUUAAAAUAUCAUGCUUUACUUGCUUUCUAACUGCCCUGCACAUCAAUAUUCCUUUAAACCUGUUAAUAUUCCAAAUAGUAUUUCUGAAGAAUGACGUGGAAAAAAAUUUUCUUAAAAUGGAUGUCGUUUUUUUUUUUAGUUCCCUAAUUAUCUUCCCUACUCAUCCUUUUGAAUUCUAAGUGAUACAAGAAUAUUUUCUAGCUGUAGAUUACUGAAUGUCACUAGUUUAAUGUGAAAAGAGCAUGGCCCUUUGGCUAUUGUUCCCACAUUUACCAACCAUAAGAACUUUUCCAUUGACAGUGGUGUAUCAUUGCAUUCGUUAGAGUCCACUCAGUUCUUCAGAGUGUUUUGUGCCUGCUGGGUGCGUGGUGAUGAUUUUUAAAGACAACCUUUUUUAAAGAAAUCAAAAAUUUGUUUGCAAAAUACCAACCAAAAUACAGUUUAAUCAAUGUCUGGUUCUA